UAGCCAAUCAGCGAGCGCGGAUGGAAAAAAACAGGAACCUCAACCCUCUAGCGGCGAGGUGGGGGCAAAAUGGCUGCAGCGUGGAGGAGCGUGCAGGGCCUGGUCGCAGUAAUAACUGGAGGAGCCUCGGGCCUUGGUCUGGCCACGGCGGAACGACUGGUGGGUCAGGGGGCCACGGCUGUGCUUAUGGACCUCCCUAACUCGGGGGGAGAGGCCCAGGCCAAGAGGUUAGGAGACAGCUGUAUGUUUGCACCGGCCAAUGUGACCUCUGAGAAGGAGGUGCAGACAGCUUUGACUCUAGCAAAAGAAAAGUUUGGCCGUGUGGAUGUGGCUGUCAAUUGUGCAGGUAUUGCAGUGGCCAUUAAAACAUACAAUGUAAAGAAGAAACAGGCUCAUACCUUGGAGGACUUCCAGCGAGUUCUCAAUGUGAAUCUCAUAGGCACCUUUAAUGUGAUCCGUCUAGUUGCUGGUGAAAUGAGCCAGAAUGAACCAGACCAGGGGGGCCAACGUGGAGUUAUCAUCAAUACUGCCAGUGUGGCUGCCUUUGAGGGUCAGGUUGGACAAGCUGCAUACUCUGCAUCCAAAGGGGGUAUUGUGGCCAUGACAUUGCCCAUUGCUCGGGAUCUAGCUCCCACAGGCAUCCGUGUGAUGACCAUUGCUCCAGGUCUGUUUGGCACCCCACUGCUGACCACCCUCCCAGAGAAGGUGCGCAACUUCUUGGCUAGCCAGGUACCCUUCCCCAGCCGACUGGGUGAUCCUGCUGAGUAUGCUCAUCUGGUACAGACUAUAAUCGAGAAUCCAUUCCUCAAUGGAGAGGUCAUCCGGCUGGAUGGGGCCAUUCGAAUGCAGCCUUAAAAUGAGAACCCGGAAAACACAGGGACCUGUGCAACACUUUUCUCUAGGGAACUACUCUCAGCUUGCGGUCGACCUAAUAGCCAUUUGUAACUCUUACCAGUCACCCUCUGUGCCUAAUAAAGUCUCUUUCUCACAGGA